AUGCUGGCCAAUCAGUCGUCCUUUGAUCCAGAUGUGCAGGAUGAGAGCGGCUGGACGCCACUCAUGAUUGCCGUCAGCGUCCCCGAAAGCGAGGACGUCAUCAAGGUGCUCCUCAAAGCCGGCGCCGACAUCAACGAGAAGAACAACGGCGGCCAGACGGCCCUGCACUUUGUCGCGUCCAAGAAGAACAUUGAGACAGCCAAGCUGCUGCUCGAGCACAAGGCCUCGACGCGCGUCAAGGACCGCCGCGGACUGUACCCGCUGCACCGCGCGGCUGCGGCCGGCUCCGCGCCCCUCUGCCUGCUGCUGCUCAGGAAGCUCAGCCCGACGAACCCGCAGGACUUCGAGGGAUACACGCCGCUGCAUCACGCCGUCGCCGAGGGCCACGGAGACACGGCCGUGGCGCUGCUGAAGGAGGGCGCGGACGCGACGAUUGAGAAUGCCGACGGUGUGCGGGCGCUCGAUCUCGCGCCGGACAAGGAUGUUCGCACAUAUAUCCUACGCGGGGCAGAGCGCGAGGGCGUCGAGCUGGAGGGACAGUGA